CAUCGUGCAUCUUGGAAAUAUCCAGACAAAUUUUUGGAUACCUCCAACCAAGUCAAUUUACCCCUCCGCACCGCGGGGUAACAGUUAUCAUGCCAUUCACCCACCACAGUCACUCGGGCCAAUUCUGCCCCGGCCACGCCAAAGACAACCUGGAGGAGAUCCUCCAGCUCGCCAUCCAGAAGCGCUUCCACACCUUCUGUCUGACGGAGCAUAUGCCCCGACACCAAGAGGACUUUUACCCUGAAGAGAUCGAAGCCCAGGACACUGAAGCAUCUCACGUCGCCAACGAAGCCGCCUACUACACCGAAGCCACGCGUCUGCGCACCAAAUACGCCCCGCAACUCAACAUCCUCAUCGGCUUCGAGACGGACUAUAUCCGUCCCGCCUCACUGGCCCUCAUCCAGCAGAGCCUGGCCACCCACGACUUCGACUUCUUCAUGGGCUCCAUCCACCACACCUGCACCGUGCCUAUCGACUACGACCGGCCCAUGUACGAGGAGGCCCGGCGGCGGGCCGGCGGGACCGAUGAGGCGCUGUUCGCGGCGUACUUUGACGAGCAGCUCGAGAUGCUGCGGCAGGUGCGGCCGCUGGUCGUGGGGCACUUCGAUCUGAUCCGGUUGCAGAGCGACGAGCCGGACGGCAGUCUGCAGCGGUUUACGGGGGUGUGGGAGAAGGUGCGCCGGAAUCUGGCGUUCGUGGCCGAGUAUGGCGGAAUGCUGGAGGUGAAUUCGGCGGCGUUGCGGAAGGGGAUGCGUGAGCCGUAUCCUAUGGGGGAGAUUUGUCGGGAAUUCCUCGCCCUCGGCGGCCGCUUCUGCCUCUCCGACGACAGCCACGGCCUGGCCCAGGUAGGGCUGAACUACCACCGCGUGCUGCCGUGGCUCGAGGCGGUGGGCAUCACGACGGUGCAUUACCUGGCGGUGGCAGACGACGACGACAACGACGGGGAGGGGAUUGUCGAUCCUCGGUUCCCGCGCACGCGCAUUCGAGCCAUCUCGGUGGAGGAGAUGAAGAAGCUGCCGUUCUGGGAGGGGGCCCAGGCUGCAGCUUGAUUGUGUGGGAGGCUGGCUGCGUGCAGGCCUGGAUGCAUUGACUGCGGGGGUUUAGGGUCUGUGUGUGUGUGUGUGUGUGUGUGUGUGUGUGUGUGUCGGUGUGUGUCGGUGUGCUGCAGCGUACAUAUGUCUGCACUUUAAUUUACUUGUCACAUAUUUCAUCUCUAUGUAUCAAUUGAUCGAA